AUGCUCACUCAUCUUGAUCCUCACCCCCGGGUCCUCGACCACGAGGCAGAGGUGAAGCUCUGCCGCAAGUUUGACAUUCGGAUCCUUCCUGUACUGGCUUGCAUGUACCUCUUCAACGCUCUCGAUAAGGGCAAUCUGGGCAAUGCAAAGACGGAUGGCUUAACGGACGACCUGCACUUCAAGUCGAACCAGUACAACAUCAUUGUGUCUAUCUUCUUCGUGCCCUACGUGCUCUGCGCGCCCCCCUUCGCCAUGCUGGCCAAAAAGUACGGCGCGCAGCGGGCCCUGCCCGUCAUGAUGCUGGGCUUCGGGUCCAUGACGCUCUUCAUGGCGGCUGCCCAGAAUUUUGGCGGCGUCUUUACCAUCCGCUUCCUCCUGGGCAUGGCUGAGGGUGCCUUUUUCCCGACCGUCAUCUACUACCUGACCACCUUUUACCGCCGCGGCGAGCUCGCCCGCCGCCUGGCCCUCUUCUAUGCCGCCAGCAACAUCGCCAACGCCUUCAGCGGCCUCUUGGCCUUUGGCAUUUUCCAGAUUCAGAACUCGACCCUCGAGGCCUGGCGCUACCUGUUCCUCAUCGAGGGUGCCGCCUCCGUGCUCUUCAGCGUGUUCGCCUUCUGGUAUCUGCCCAAGUCCGCCUCCGAGGCCAAGUUCCUCAGCCCAGAGGAGAAGGAGCUUGCCUUCUUCCGUAUCCAGACCGACUCCUCUUCCGUCGUCGCCGAGGCCUUCAACCUGCGCGACGCCCUCAAGAUCUUCCGCUACCCGUCCACCUACGCCUUCCUGGCCGUCGAGGUGUGCCUGGGCGUGCCCCUGCAGUCCGUCUCUCUCUUCCUCCCGCAGAUCGUCGCCGCCCUCAACUACUCCACCGUCAAGACAAACCUGUACACCGUGGCCCCCAACGUGACAGGCGCCGUGAUGCUCCUCGUCCUGGCCUUCAGCUCCGACCUGCUCCGCGUGCGGUUCCCCUUCAUCAUCCUCGGCUUUGUCUUCACCUUUACGGGCUUCAUCAUCUACGCCUGCAUCGACGACCUCGCCGCCCAGAUCCACCUCGCCUACUACGCCACCUUCAUGAUGUGCUGGGGCACCUCGGCCCCGAGCGUCAUCCUCUCCACCUGGUAUAACAACAACGUCGCCCACGAGGGCCGCCGCAUCACCCUCACCGCCGUCGGCGUCCCUCUUGCCAACCUCAUGGGCCUGGUGAGCAGUAAUAUCUUUCUCGAAAAGGAGGCCCCCAAGUACGAGACUGCUCUGAUUGUCACUGCUGUCUUUGGCGCGCUGGGGGCGUUGGUCACCGCGCUGACGGGGUUGUUCAUGAUCUGGGACAAUGCGAGGCGGAAUAAGAAUGCUGGGGUCAAGAUCGAUGCGCGGGAUGUGCCUACUAUGAGGUUGAGAGAUGGGCCUAGCUCGUCUGAGUUCAGGUGGUUCCUGUAG